GCCAGAGGACCCACGCCUAGGAACAGGCUGCCAGCCGAGGGCUGCGGGGCUGGAAGCAGCGCAACAGAGGGCAUCUCAGUUGGAAUAUGGCGCCGGAACAAGCUUCAUCCCUGGGGAACGGGGCACCUGUCGUUUCCUCCCUCGGCCUCUGGGCAGUGGCCACUCCCGCUGGGUGGAGCUUCGGAAAGGGAGAGUGUCGCAGGACAGCAGAUGGAGGGGAAGAAGAGGCAGCACCGAGCCAGGGGCAGGGGGAGUGAGGCCGGAUUGGCACUGGACGGAGCUCUGGGCCAGGGCAGGUCGGCGGCCCGGAGAGUCACCGAGGGAUGAGGACGCUACAGCCCGCGGGAACGCCCUGUCUGCUCUCACGGCCCCGAGCGCACGGUGCCCCGGAGCCGGGCAGAGCCUGACGCCCGGUCUUCUCUCCUCCACGCGCACGCACAGCCCUCCGGCCGCUGACCCGACCCGCCAGCUCCCUGCUGCAUGGACCGGCUGCAAAAGCAACCACUGACCUCCCCCGGGAGCGUCAGCUCCUCCAGAGACUCCAGUGGGCCCGGUUCUCCCUCCAGCAUCGUGGCCAAGAUGGACAAUCAGGUGCUGGGCUACAAGGACUUGGCUGCCAUCCCCAAGGACAAGGCCAUCCUGGACAUCGAAAGGCCUGACCUCAUGAUCUACGAGCCUCACUUUACCUACUCUCUCCUGGAGCACGUGGAGUUGCCCCGAAGCCGGGAGCGCUCACUGUCGCCCAAAUCCACCUCCCCUCCACCAUCCCCAGAGGUGUGGGCAGACAGCCGGUCCCCCAGCACUGUCUCUCAGGCUGCAGCUCCAAGAACCACAGGGACCCCCCGGACCAGCCUGCCCCAUUUCCAUCAUCCUGAGACCACACGCCCUGAUUCCAACAUCUACAAGAAACCCCCCAUUUACAAACAGAGAGAGUCCAUGGGAGGCAGUCCCCAGAGCAAGCACCUCAUUGAGGACCUCAUCAUCGAGUCAUCCAAGUUCCCUGCAGCCCAGCCCCCCGACCCCAACCAGCCAGCCAAGAUCGAAACCGACUACUGGCCAUGCCCGCCAUCGCUGGCUGUUGUGGAGACAGAAUGGAGGAAGCGGAAGGCAUCUCGGAGGGGUGCUGAGGAAGAAGAGGAGGAGGAAGAUGAUGACUCUGGAGAGGAAAUGAAGGCCCUCAGGGAGCGUCAAAGAGAGGAGCUCAGUAAGGUUACUUCCAACUUGGGAAAGAUGAUCCUGAAAGAAGAGAUGGAAAAGUCAUUGCCUAUCCGGAGGAAAACCCGCUCGCUGCCUGACCGGACCCCCUUUCAUACCUCCAUGCAAGCUGGAACCUCGAAAUCUUCCUCUCUUCCCGCAUAUGGCAGAACCACCCUGAGCCGGCUUCAGUCCACAGACUUCAGCCCAUCAUCGGGAAGUGAGGCUGGCAGCCCAGCUUUUCUUUCCACAGGCCUGCAGAACGGAGAGGGCCAGAGGGGGAGGAUGGACCGGGGGAGCUCCCUGCCCUGUGUGCUGCAGCAGAAGAUUUAUCCCUAUGAAAUGCUGGUGGUGACCAACAAAGGAAGGACCAAGCUACCCCCUGGUGUGGAUCGCAUGAGGCUAGAGAGGCAUCUGUCUGCUGAGGACUUCUCCCGAGUCUUUGCCAUGUCUCCUGAAGAGUUCAGCAAGCUGGCCCUGUGGAAGCGGAACGAGCUCAAGAAGAAGGCGUCUCUCUUCUAGCCCCUCUCCUGCUACUGCCCUGCCUCUGCUGCAGGACCUGGAGCAGAGGGGCCUCCAUCCCGGGCAUCACCUCUUGGGGAGCAGCGAGGUGGCGCAGAAGCAGGCUUGGCUCCAUCCCUCAGGCCGAGGGGGAGGCAAGUCCUCUGAAGUGCUGGGUGCUGGGACAUGGCCUCUCCCCACAGUGAGCUGGGCCUCCCUUGUCUUUCCUGCUGUUAAUGUUGGUGUUCCCUCCCCUGCCCCAACCAGGGUUCCCAGAAGAGUCAGGAGCAAUGAAGGUGGCACUCAGUGGUCAGGACUGUCUGCUGUCUUGAACAACAGAACCUUUGAGCCUGUAGAAGCAGGUGUAGGCAGGGAAAGCCCCAGGCCCCUGUGUGCCCCAACACUUCUCCUGCCCCCUGGGAAAGCACCCCUGCACUGGGCAUAUUUCUGCCUCCAGCUGGGGCAGCUGGGAGCCAGGCCUCCAGCAGGGAGGGCCUAUGCCCUCAGCUUGCUCUGCCUUCUCCCUCUGAACCCUGAGCUUCGAAGCCUUCUGUUCUGGCUUCCGAAGAAGCCUGGGCUUAGAAUGGAGACAUCUCGUAUUCAAACCCCAGCCUGCCAUCAGCCUCCAGGCAGCUGGCUAGAGUGCUACCUUCCAGCACCAGCCCAGGUCCUUGGUAGAAACCAGGUCUCUGAGACCUGGAUGGGACCAUGACUACCAGAUUGUGCCCAUAUCCAUGCACUCCCACCAUGCUCUCUAAAGAAUGUAACUUAUUGGGGCCCUCAGCUGCUUUCCUGCCCUGCUGUCUGCCUGGUCUUGAUCACACGCCCAGCUUUCCUCUCUGCAGACACACAUAUGUAUAUACUUAGAUAUUCUUUGCCUGGGUCUGGGUUUUGUUCCUGCCAGACCCUGGCAUCCCUUUCUACUUUCUGUGUGUGUGUGCGCGCAUGUGCGUGUGCACGCACAUGGGCAUGUGUGCAUAUGGUAAUGCUGGAGGAGGGGCCUCUGCUUGGAAUUAAAGGUUGCACUGGGUCCCCUCA